UGUGGUGUGAUCCUGACAGAAAGAAAGAGCAAAUCAAAGGGGCGUGUGUGUGUGUGUGUUCGGGGAGAGGGGGACUUGAGGAGGGAGUUCCCAAAGUUUUCAAAGACGGUGGCCCGCAUUAUACUUUCUGCCUGCGCAGUCUCAACGCGAGCAUGCAGGUUACGAUGCACAGGCACGUGUGAAGAGAAGAGAAGAGAAGAGAAGAGAAGAGAAGAGAAGAGAAGAGAAGAGAAGAGAAGAGAAGAGAAGAGAAGAGAAGAGAAGAGAAGAGAAGAGAAGAGAAGAGAAGCUCAAAAACAAGAGGAAGAAUGGGAUAGAAAAGUGAAACUUCCAGUUGACUGACGUGAGAUGGACAUGGGCAGGGAGAGACUCACGCUGGGAUUGCUGCUGCGCCUGGGCAUUGUGCUCACCACUGUGUUCGUAUGCAUCCACGUUUACCUGGAGACAGGUUGGCAGGACGCCCCCGCUCCCCCGGCUCUGGGACGUCCUACCCAGCCUAAUGAGAACUUUGGCCGGCACACCAGAACGAAGCGGCUCUCUGCAGAAGCAGAGGAGCAGGACAAAAGCGUUAAGAGGAGAGUCUCGUACGUCCGCACGCUGAAGAAGGACGGUCUGGCAAGGAGGAUGGAUGGAGUCAGAGAGGACCCCUCACCGCCCUGCUGCCCACCUAUCCGCCCGCACAAAAAGACUCCGAGGUGGCAUAUAGACCUGGAGCCCUGGGCCAGUGAGGGUCAGUCUCUGGAGGAGGAAGCUAAAAGGUUCCUCGGCUACAUCACAACCCCACAAGUGUCGUGUGCAUCAUUACCCGGAGAAGAAGCUGCUCAGGAAGCCUCCAGUGGUGACUGGGCCGUGUGCCUGAAUCCCAAGUACAGCCUGAUCCACAGGAUCCAGAGCAAACACUGCAGGGUCUACUCUUUCGGGUUGGGAGUGGAUGACCGGUCCCUGGAGCGCUCCCUCGCCGGGUCAGGCUGUGAGGUCCACUGCUUCGAUCCCAGUCUGAAGCAGCCUCACCUGCAGCAAGCCGACAUGUGGCUGCACCGUCUCUCCGUGGACUGGAGGGAUCCCAACCCGGCCAUAGUCGCCCAGCGUCAGUACGCCACCACCAAGAAGCUUGGCACCAUCCUCAACGACUUUGGACACAGAGAGGUGGAUGUACUAAAAGCGGACAUGGAGAGCGCCGAGUGGAAGAUCCUGGAGAAUCUGAUCCUGGAAGGGGUCCUGGACUCCGUGGGUCAGCUGCUGCUGGAGGUUCACCUGCACUGGGCGGGCUUUGAGGUGGGCGGCGACGACCCCUCCGUGGUGCGCUACUGGUUCAGCCUGUUGAAGGAGCUGGAAAAGGCCGACUUCCGCCUCUUCCACGUCUACAACGACCCAGUGAAACCUCACCUCUUUCUGCAUAAGAACGUCCUCAACGCCAGCAGCGCCUACACCCUGAGCUGGGUCAACACGAGGUGGAAGUCGCCACGGGUGCCAGAUAGAAACAAAAAAAUAACAGACUACAAUAACUUGUAAACACGGAGGUUGUUCUCUCCAGAUGGACUCCCGUAUAGACUGACCUUUCACAAAGCUAAAAUCCCUGCUCCUUCUUAUCCUCCUGUUAUGACCUCAGCCGUGUUAGAGGGCCAGAGUAAUUGCCUCCAGAGGCGCUUUGUUCUACCUCACAGUGGACGCGCUGUUGGCUGCAGGUCAGCCUCGGAGUCGUAGUCGCCAUCAUCGAGGCCCCAAUCUAAGCCUGGCCCACAGCCAGGCGCUCCCGCCUCAUAUUAGAGAGCAGGGGCCUGGAGAAAACACCGCUCAGAGAACGGUACAUGGAUUACACAAUACAGAUACACAACGCGAGAAGAUGGGAAUGUGUAGGUAAUUACACAGCAAUACCAAGAACAUGUGCAGAGGAAUGGGAGCAAUAAGGAGAAAGAGAUGGAUGCUUCCCUGUACUUUAAGUCUGAAGAUUGUGGGGUGGAGAUUAUGAGAGAA